CACCAUGCCUAUCACUACAGCAGCUACAACUCUUCGCCGUGCUCUCGAGGAACCCGGUUCCUUUAUUGCCGCACCGGGAGUCUAUGAUGGUAUUUCAGCUCGUAUCGCCCUUUCCGUGGGGUUUGAUGCCUUGUACAUGACUGGUGCUGGCACGGCCGGCUCUGUCCACGGCCAAGCAGACCUGGGCAUCUGCACUCUGAACGAUAUGCGAGCCAACGCCGAGAUGCUCGCCAACCUCGACCCAACCAUCCCCGUCAUCGCCGACGCAGACACCGGCUACGGGGGCCCCAUCAUGGUCGCCCGUACCACAGAGCAAUACUCCCGCUCCGGCGUGGCAGCCUUCCACAUCGAGGACCAAGUGCAGACGAAACGCUGCGGCCACCUCUCAGGCAAGAUCCUCGUCGACAAAGAAACCUAUCUAACCCGGAUCCGGGCCGCGGUGCAAGCCCGACAGCGCAUGGGCAGUGAUAUCGUGAUCAUCGCCCGGACGGAUUCACUGCAGACACACGGCUACGAGGAGAGCCUGGCGCGGCUGCAGGCAGCGCGCGAGGCGGGGGCAGACGUUGGAUUCCUCGAGGGGAUCACAUCGCGCGAGAUGGCGCGGCAAGCCGUGAAGGACUUGGCGCCGUGGCCGCUGUUGCUGAACAUGGUUGAACAUGGGGCGACGCCGAGUAUCUCUUCUGCGGAGGCGAAGGAGAUGGGGUUCCGUAUCAUCAUCUUCCCAUGUGCGGCGUUAGGACCGGCUUUUACAGCCAUUCGGGAGACGAUGGAGAAACUGAAGAAAGAUGGAUUGCCGGGGCUCAGUGAGGAUUUGACGCCGCAGAAGAUGUUCCGGAUUUGUGGGUUAGAAGAGAGUAUGAAGGUGGAUGCAGAUGCAGGAGGGGGCGCAUUCGAUGGGGGAGUCGAUUUGAAGAAAUAGCCAGCUUGAGUACUCCAUAGACAAUUUAUGAUUUAUUAUGUCUUUUAAAAGAAGAGCAAAAAAAAAAAAAAAUUUUAACUAAUUUACUCUGUAGAAGAACAGAAUAAAAAGCAAAAAAGAAUGACCAGACUGGGGCUCGAUCCCAGGACCUUAUCGGAUUCAGUUUGAACUGUUAACGAUACGUGAUAACCAACUACACCAUCCGGCCG